CAGGCUAUAUGGGCGACCGAGGAUGACUACCGGAGUUGGAGUGGAGAACCCUCUGCUGAUACUGUAUCGAAUCCCGCCUAUGGUGAUCGCCAGUCUCAGUCGCAAUCCCGGGCUGGAAGCGAGCAGCCCCCCAGCAAGAAGCCCCGGAAUUCUUUGGAAGGGAAUGGGUCGACGAGCAAGUCCAGGGCAAUUGGGAAAAUGUUCUUUAAGACCAAGCUCUGCUGCAAGUUCCGGGCCGGGACGUGCCCUUAUAUCACAAACUGCAAUUUUGCACAUGGGAUGGAGGAGCUCCGGAAGCCCCCGCCCAAUUGGCAGGAGAUAGUAGCCGCACAGGAGGGGAUGGAGCCGAGAGAGGAGCAUCAGAUACCUAUUCUGACCUCUUCUAAUUUGGGUGGGGAUGGGCAGAGAUCUUAUAAAGGAAGGCACUGUAAGAAGUUUUACACUGAGGAGGGGUGCCCAUAUGGAGAUACAUGUACUUUUCUGCAUGAUGAGCAAUCAAAGGCUCGGGAGAGUGUGGCGAUUAGUCUGUCACCUACAGUUGGAGGUAGUGGAUAUGGUGGUGGAUCAAAUGGGUCCAGUCAGAAGCCUUCAAAUUGGAAAACUAGGAUCUGUAACAAGUGGGAGAUGACUGGGUAUUGUCCAUUUGGCAGCAAGUGUCAUUUUGCUCAUGGGACUGCAGAACUUCACAGAUAUGGUGGGGGGCUUGUGGAGAUGGAAGGCAGAGAUACUCCUUCAGUAGCUACAGAUUCGAAGCAGGCUGGGGCAUCAACAAGGGCUCCUACAGAAACUGUUGUUGCAUCCAUGACAUCAGUUCCUCAUGCAGAUGUUUAUCAUAUGGGAGGUCCUUCACAGAGGUCAACUGUUGUCAGUCAGAGGCAGGGGCUAGGUCAGGGUCAGAGACUUCAGAAAUGGAAAGGGCCAGACAAGAUCAGUAGGAUAUAUGGUGACUGGAUUGAUGAAAGUGAGUAGACUCAUACGUGCUGGUAUAGCAGGGCAUCUGGAUGGAAAAAUAAUAAAUGUAGUCAACUUUACUAACUGCAUGCUAGAACAUAUUGUUGUCUUUAUGUCAUAAUCGCAAUGAAACUGGUGGGUUCUGUAUCUGAAGCGAUAGAAGGGAAGCGCUACACCUUUUUUUGAGUAGCUGAAUCUUAAAUAGCCUGAAGGUUUCAUUAGAAAGACGGUCACUCGUUCUUAUGAGUUGAGCUUGUGAUGCUUGAUGGGAGGGUGUGUGUUCUGUCAUAGCCUUGCUAUUUUCUAUUGCCCUUCCAUAUCAUGAGUGGAAGGUCAUCGAAUUUUCAUGGUACCUGUGAAGUUUCCCCGAAGCAGAACCAUGUGUUCCUUAAAUUUUGUGCUUUGAUGACUGAUUAGGGAGCUCACUACUAAGGCAAGUCAAUAUGUGAUAGCUAGUCGUGCGGUAUCAUCAGCUGGUUCACUAACAGGUUUCUUUGUCAACAAGUGAUGGUGAUCGGUUGAAGAAGGCUUGCCUACUUCGUGCUUAUGGAGUCUAUGGAAGAUAUCUGGCUUGAUUUUGCAGCUUGAUGCAGUAACAUUAGUACCUGUUGUUCUUACAACAAUUCUCGUGUCAAUGUGUAAGCUAGUUAAUGAGUUAUCUGAAGGGUUUUCAUGAUAAAUCAAUGUGCUACUUCUAUUGUUCUUCCAAUUCCAUGCAUCAACAGCUUAUAAUUGCUUUAUUA